UUCAGUUUCAAAGUGGACACGUUCCGCGACGCCGGUUUUUCAAUUCAUAGUGCUCUUUUAUUCCCCCCUAUCGAAAACCGAACGUAUAUCGUAUAUCAUAAGUUACAGUGUUUUUCAAAAUAUUUAUACAUAUAUAUAUAGAUAUAUAUAUAUAUAAAUAUAAAUAUCGAUAUCUUGCUCUCUUUCUCUUUUCUUUUGACUAAAAUAUCAUUUUGAAUAUUCAAUAUGGUUUCCAAUACUUUUUGGAUGCUCCUGACAGUAUUUCUUACUAUUUUCGCAAAUUCUGGCUCAGCGUUAAGGUGUUGGGAGUGUUCAUCUCAUAUGAACGCCAUGUGCGGUGAUCCUAUGAAUUCUACCGACCAUCAAGCUAUGUUUCAUGUGAAAGAGUGUGGAAGAGGUCCUUAUGCUAGUUCUAAACCAAUUUGUCGUAAAAUGGUAAAAAGAGAUGGCGGUGAUCGUGUCGUGAUACGUUCCUGUGCAAUACCAAAUCACGAUGAAACGGAUAUAACCGAUGGUCCUUGCAGUCCGCUUAUGACAAACGGUCGAGACAUGGUCGAAUCUUGUCAUAUCUGUAGUACCGAUCUUUGCAAUUCGGCGAGUGGCCUGUUAACGACGCAAUCGUUAUACAUCGCUGGAUUAAUUCUGAUCGGUUAUCGUUUUUUCGAAUCGAACUAUAAUCGUGUUAUGUAAUUAUUAAAAAUAACAAACUGACAACCCAUUUCGAAAAAUAGAAAACGGUUGUGAAUGGUUGAGAUAUACAGAUAUACAAUAUUUAUAUCAUUUAAUGAAUUAUUUGUUCACUAAAAAAAU